AUGCUCAAUCGUUUUACUUGUUUCUUGACCAUCUUUCUCCUGGUGAUUUGUUAUCAAACACUACAAACAAACGCCGAUGAAUGCAUCGAUAUGAAUGUGUAUGCAAAUGAAGUAGUCGAUUGCUGCAAGCACGAACCCUUCUGUGACAGGGAAACGAACGAUAAGUGCGCUAUGAAGCUAAGCGCUGAGAGGGCAGAGAACACCACUAUUUUCACAGUGUGUUUUAUCGAUUGCGCUUACCGCGAGAUGGGCUUUCUAGUGGAAGAUUAUAAAGUUGAUGUGCCAAGGUACAUCAAAUUCCUAGAGUGGUUCGAUAAGGGCUAUCAAAAUGCAGCCGGAAAUGCCUUCACACAUUGUGCGACCCUACAGGAGUCCAUUCGGCGCGAUGUCGAGCCACUACAGCUCAAAUGUAGUGCGUUUGCGCUGCUGUUUAAUGUGUGCGUUAUGGAGCUGACGAUGCAAAACUGUCCCGGUGAUCGAUGGAUGAAGGGUGAGCUCUGCGAUAAGGUUAAGAAGGGCUGUGCCUUUGAUUGUGUUUACCGAGCGAUGGGUUUCCUGGAAGGACAAUACGAGAUCAUUGGUGAAAAAAUCAACGCUCGUCAGGCCGUGUACGAUGAAACUUAUCAGAAAGUAUUCGCGAAUGCCGUUGACUAUUGUGUGGCAACGAAAGAUAAGAUGGUGCAGGACGCAGAAAUGUUGCAAACUGCGUGCAGUUCGUUUGCGGUAAAGUUCCACGCCUGCAUCAUAUUGAAGGUGAUGCAAAACUGUCCGGCCGAUCGGUGGGAUGCUAGUCCGUUGUGUGAGCAGAUCCAGAAAGGUGCUCCACUGUGUACGAGUUAA